ACUGGCCCCUCCUCGCAGUCGGGAGAAUUAUAGCGUCCAAGACGCACCCAAGUACUGUGAGUACCACCGUAACAGCACCCACAAUACGUCGGAGUGCGUUACGCUGAAGAAGGAGAUGGACCAGCUGAUCGCUAGGGGGCUGCCUCCUCGACUGGAGUGGCAGGCACCGGGGAACAGAACAUGGAGGAGACCACCAGCCGCCGCCACGACAAUCACCACCGGGGAGGGGCAGGAGGAUGGAAGGCGACAUCUAGAGAGAGAUUGUGAAGACCUGGAUGAGGAAGAAGAACAAAACUGCCGGAACUUGGGAUGUCGGUUCAUUAUGGGUGGAAACACCGGAGGGGACUCGGCGUCCUCACGAAGGAAAUGGAAGAAUAUGAUCCACCUGGCUGAGGUACAGAUGCCACCGCUGCCCAAGCGGAAGAAGAAGGAACCCUUGAUCUUCACAGAUGAAGAUUACCCGCCAGUCCUUAGUCCCCAUCGGGAUGCACUGGUGGUGAAGGUGGAGAUCAACAAUGUGGUCGUCCAUCGCACGCUGGUCGAUACCGGUAGCUCAGUCAACAUCAUGUAUAGCAAUACUUGCAAAGAAUUGGGCUUAUCCCGAGGAGAUCUUAAGCCAAUCUGCACCCCACUAUCGGGAUUCACAAGGGACACCAUUGAAGCGGAGGGAACCAUCACAGUGAAGGCUGGGGUAGGAGAUGGAACCCACCGACUUUGGCUCGACAUGGAAUUUAUGUUUGUCACCCCUACUGGGGUGGGAGUGGCAAGAGGAAAUCAGAGUUUGUCUCAGUCGUGCUAUGUUAGGGCGACCAAGAGCCAGGCACGGUUCAACGAAAAUGUCAGCACGAUCUGUGCCGCAAUACAGAAGGAAGAGGGGCGAUCGAGGGCGGAGCCGGCAGAGGAAGUAGAGGAUGUGGCCCUGGAUCCAGCAAAGCCGGAGCAAAAAGUAAAGGUAGGUAAGACCCUGACGCCUGGACUGAAGGAACGGCUGGUGAGUAUCCUUCAAUCGUUCAAAUUGCUAUUUGCCUGGGGACCUGGGGAUAUGCCCGGGGUCGACCCACGAAUCAUUUGCCAUAGGUUGGCGGUAGAUCCGACCCACAAGCCGAUCAAGCAGAAGAAGCGCUUCCUCUCCUCGAAAAGGAGAGAUUUCGUCACAAAGGAGAGGAUCGAUCCCCAGCCUUGGAUCGAUCCCCCGAAGCUUUGACAGAAAUUUAUUUUCGUUGGCUUACUCCAGGUGAUCGAUCCUAAGCCCUGGAUCGAUCCCCAACGGUCCAAUUCUGUCAAAAU